GGCGCGUCUGUUGUUAUUUGGGCUUCUGGCCAUCGUGGCUGCCUCGAGCGAUGCCAUGCGAGUCCGUAGGUCGCGUCUUGCAGUGGACCAGACCGCGUCCGACGAAGAUCUCCAAUCUCAGGUGAGGGUGGAGGCAGACGAAGUGGAUGGAUGGAUGGCGUGUUCUGCCUUGUUGCAGGAGUCUGAUUUGUCGGCUGAUCUGGCUGACAUGAAGGACAACAUGAACCUCCGCCAGCAACAUUCCCGUCUGCUCGAGCAUAUCGCACACGACACAAAGCAGCUCAUCGAUGCGUCCCAACAGGCAAACACACUCUUUCCCUCCCUUCCUCCUCUGUCUUAGCACUGCAUGUGAAUGGAUGCAUGGUCGCUGCAGAUGGGUGAGUUGGCGGUGACGGCGGAUGAGAAGGCCCUGUCCAAGCGGUGGGUCAAGAAGGAGCGGUCGCUGCUGGCCCUCGGCACAUCACUUCUCCACGAGUCCAAGCAGGACGCCAUGCGCCUCACCGCUGGGCUCAAGACACAACUCGAGGACGCCAUCAACACAGGUGCGUACGCUGACAUGACAACGGACCGACAGACACACACAUACCACUUCCGCCCCGCCCGUUGUGGAUGUGGUGAGCAGAGAGGAGUUUGAUAGCACAGGCGGAUGAGCUCAACCACCACCUGCAGCAGGGCGAGGAGGCACAGCCGGUGGCACAGCAGACGGACAACACGGCCUCAAAGGGCCAGGAGCAGGUAGCUGAGGGUGGCGCUGCGUCGAAAGACAGCCCUCAAGCAGCCUAGGCUAGUAGUGAGAGACAGAGGAGUAUGGAGGCACGGAGAACAAAACUAAUCGACUGCACGUGGUUGGGUGUUGGGUGAAUUGGAUCGACGGAGCACAUAAAUAUAUGCAUGUGUAGGUAGUGAGUGCCAUUGCUGCGUUUGUCCGUCCUUCCGUGUUGGUGUGCAUGAAUUCACUCCAUCAUGUAAAGGACCACUCUGCCCAUGUCUGUCUACCGCACUGUGGGUC